GGGGAGAAAUGGCCGCCACUGCGCCUCCUUAAUCUGGACUCAAGUCCUGAGGAGGAGGAGGAGGAGGAGGCAGGGAGGGAGGCGCUCUUGGGGCGGAUGGCGAUCCCAGCCUCCUGGAUGUGUUCCUCGGUCCUUUUCGUCCAUCUCUCUCUCACGCCAGGGACCUCUGUACGUCUUGGAACAGGACGCAACAACUCUAAACUGUCUGCCUCUUUGGAGCCAAAUCACAGCAGAAGCAGGACGAAUGUGUUCCUGGUGCCCCAGCCUCCCUUCCUGCCCUGCUUCUCAGCCUGUCUGCCAUCAGUCGCAGAUGAAAAGGGCAUCCUACCUUGCAAAAAAGAGGAACUUCAGUGUGGCAAUGGACUCUGCCUGAUGAACUGGUUGCAUUGCCGCUACAAAAAGGACUGUGGGAAAGACAAUGUGUCGAUCACGGUGGCGUGUUCAGAAAUUCAUCUGAACCAAACCAGACCCAUCAGUGAGUUCACCCAUUACACUGAACUCAUUGGCUGUGGAGGCAUGCCUGAUUCCUCUGUGCUGGUAGCUGGAGUCGUGAUUGGCUUGGUGCUGUUCCUCUCUUGUGUGGCCAUCAUCAUUGGCAGCCUGCGAAAGAAUCAGUGUUUCCGACAUCUCCAACUGCAGAGGGAUGCUAGCUACACUCCAGAUUGCUUCUCUAACAGCGGUUCAGUUGGAGAACUGAGGUCCAGCUGUGCUGAGGAGUUCCCCCCAUCAUUUUAUUUCAGCUCUUACAUGGAGAUGCUAUCUCAGGUCAACAUCACACAUCCUGACUCUCCUCCACGCUAUGAUGAGUGUGUGGGACCAGAGGCAGCCCAACUUUACAUUCCUACAGAUGAUCCUCCGCCUUACUCCUUGAUAGACCCUUGUCGACAGAACGACUUGACAGUCAACAUCACCUGGGGAGAAGAUGGAGAACCGUCUCCUGGGACUGCUGCAGAAAUGGAUGUUGGGUAUUUGGCCGGACUUCAGGGCCCGCCGCAGCCCAUUCCUUCUAUUUCUUUGUCAUCUUCAUUCCCAAUGGAGGCCGCCCCUCCGUAUGAGACUGUGGUGCGUGAACAGAAGACUCCCCUUCCACUAGCAAGGCUGGACCUACUGAAAAAUUCAACACAUUACUAUCAGACCUUUUCCAACAGAAUAAUUUAAAGGGGAGCAUUUGUCCCUCUGCUGCUCAAGGAAUCCUUCAAGCGGAAGAAAGGGUGAUAAUGUAGAACAAUAAUCACUCACUCACCCUCGUUCUUAACAAAACCUUUCUUUUUUUCUACUUUACAGGGCUAGAAUGGGAUGGGUGUGAGGGUUUUUUACAGAAAAUUUUGAUGUUUACUUACACAUGUUUACUUUCAUUUUUGAUUCCCACUCACCACCACCGAUACAAAACACGUAAAAGCAACUUUCGGGGCUUCUCGGUACCAUUUGAAAGCAGACCUGGCUUAUUGAAUAGGUUUGUGUUAUACAGUCAACCCUAGCUGUUGGGUUUGUUAGGGUGCUUUGCAUGCCUUAGACCAAAAGGAGUGAGAUAAAGGGAUCACAAACAUCUUGUUGAGAGCUCUUUGUGCAGUAGUAGUAAUAGGAGUAGUGAGAGCCAGCGUGGCAUAGUGGUUUGAGCAUUGGACAGUAACUCUGGAGACCAGGGUUCAGUUCCCCGCUUGAGCAUAAUAACCCACUUGGUUACCUUGGAUAUGUCAUAUUCUCUCAGAGGAUGACAGUGGCAAACCUGCUCUGAAGAAACUUGUCAAGGAAACUCUAUGAUAGAUUCACUUUAGGAUCACCAUAAGCAAAAAAUGACAUGGAGGCACACAACAACAAGAGUAAUAAUAAGUUAUUGUGUUCGGAUGAAGUGUGUAUUCAGAUUUAGAUAUUUUAGCUUGUUUUUCCUACCCAAAAGAUGCAUCAGAAUUAGUUCUAUUUGACAGACAUAGGAUUGAGGCUGAGAGAGAUUGUCACAUAUGUCCUUAAUUGACCUAGGCACUGAACACCAUCUCAAACCAAAUACUCUACCCAGAGAAAUGUUGAUGUCUUGUGUAUGCAUAAGAUCUCCUAUGGAAGUAGUUGGACAUUUUUGUCCAAUGAGGAAUGGCCAUACUCAGUUCAAGGUUGUGAAAGCAAAGGUGUGCAUGUAGUACCGUUGUGCAUGGAUGUACAUUUUUUCAUGUCUAUACAAAUGCACAUUUGAUUUGCACAGUCAAUUGCACAAAGUUGCAGUUCAUUAACAAGAUGGCAUUGCACAGCCACUGCAUAACUCUAUGAACAUAAAGUUAUGCUACGCCUUUUCAGUGUAGGGUCUUAGCCUCCAUACACUUGUUAUCAAAAAUAAAUCUUCUCCCCCGAUAUGAAGUUUCUGGUUACAUUUAAUCAUAACUUGGAAAUUUUACUUUAUUUUAUAUUUUAGCUGGGGUAGGAAAUAGUUAUGAAGAGAGCAGCAUGUAUCAAAGAGAAAAUUAACACUUGGUUCUGAAGGAAAAUCCCUCUGUGAAGCUGGAAUGUUUUCUGGGGGAAAUCUUGAUGAACAUGACGAUUUCUUCCCAUUACAAAUAGCUUCAGAGGAGAGAUUUUCCUUAGGAUUACAUCAGGAUUAAAAAUGGACAAAUUUCUUUUCUCCUUACCUUGAUGAGAUCACAUUGGGGUUUGACUGAGAGAUCCAUUUUCAAUUCGUUUCUCAAAUUGUCUUGUUGAGUCGUAUGUUAAAUGUAGGACCUUGUUACUACUCUGUAUUCUCAUUUGUGACCUUGUCACUUUUCCCCACAGCCACAAAUGAUCCUGAAACUCACCUUAAAAGCCAGUUAGCCAUCCCAAGCAAUGGAGGUUUAGGCUGUUGGUGGGUAGGGCUUUUCCAGAUGAUGGGACCACUUCCCUCCUUCCAACUCACUCUUGGAGGAGGCUGGUUGUAUCUUGCAACAGCAAAGACCUCCUUUGCUCAGGAAGGCUUUUAAGAUGAGUUUCGGGGGUCAGAUGAGGUGAUGAAAUACUGUACACCAAAGACAUCGUGGCUACAUGUUUGAUGCAGGAUAUCUGUCCUUUUAGAUUAUUUUCAUUCUGGGGUUUUGUUUGAAAUCAUAUCAUUUGAUCACCACUUUGGGAACUCAAAUUGAGAAGUGAUACAUCAAUGCAGAGCUUGAAAAAGUUCAUGUUUGGACCUGGGACUAUGAUGGAUGUGGGAUUUGGGGAACUUUAGUCUAACAAUAACUUUACCCAAGCUUGGUGAUAUAACUGGUGCUGGUAGCUUUAUGUUGUAGGGACUCCUUGGACAAGCCACUGUUAAUGAAGGUAGGAGAUUUUGAUUCAAAUUGCCAUGAUGAUUGAUGCCUCUUCCUUUGCCGCAUAGAUUAACAGAAGCAUCAUGGCAUAGGCAUUCAUAAUUUGGAGUCUACUUCAUCCCUUGUAUAACAUAUUAUUCUUGGUUAACAGGCAUUUGCAGGUACAUAUAUGCAGCCAUGGAUUGGGACAGUAUGGUCAAAUAGCAACAAAAUGCAAAAAAUACAUCUAUGACAAUCCCAUGCAUCUUGUGAUAAACAAAAUGUUACUCCACACUAUUGUAUGAAAUGUUAAUCCGCACUGUUACAUAAAUUAUAAACAUUUUACGAUGUCGUCAUUCCAAAAGGAGAGCGGCAAUAAAAAUCAGCUGAUAGCUUUUGUUAGACCACA